ACGUAUGUUUGCGGAAGAACAAGAAGCAGACCAAGAAAUGCAAUUGCGCACGCAUUUCCCAUAUUGUUGCCAGUUAUCAACAUCUACGGAUUGUUUAUCGCACAUUAGCUUGGAAAUUGUUCACCCGCACAAUAGGUGGCGAAAUGCACAUCAAGUUAUUGCAAACGACAUUAUACCAUAGAAGAAGAAGAAGGAUUGCACGUAUCUUCCGCUUCACUACAUUGUUGUCAUUUAUAGACAUAUACGGAUUGUUUAUUGCACAUUAUCUUGGAUAUUGAAUACUAUUUACUUCACACAGGGAAUACGCAUCUGUAAUUUUGGGUUGGACAAGAUGGCAAGCUGCAAUUUCCAGGCACAGUUGGUAUCCAUUCUGGAGGUAUUGGCUAAAGCAGCUGUAGCAGAAAUAAACAAUCGUGUAGAUGAUAGCUGUUCUGUUAUACGCAUGGAAAUUAUCCAAAGCCAGCAAGAUAUUGAUGUACUGAAAAGGAAGUGUCAAAUGAUGGAGAGCGAGCUGAAGAAGACACGAGGACGAGUAAGGAGAAAAGAGAGAUCUUCAAAUCCAGUCAAUAUCGUUUUGAAUAAGCAGAGGAGUAACUCACAGUGGAGAGACGGAGAGAAGGCUGUUGAAGAGGACUCUCAACCCCAGCCUACAGAUGUGGAGCAGAGAGUGGAGACUGAACCCAUACUGAUCAAAGAUGAGGAGACAGCAGAGGAUGUGUGGAAGACUGACCCUCAGGAAGAGUUCAGGAUCACUGGAGAGGAGUCUGGUUCCAAGCCUGGGAAACCACCAUCCUUUGAGCAACGGCACUGUGAUGAGGACUUCAUCACACAACCCAAUAUAUCUCCCAGAGACUCAGUGGAACAUUACCCCAAUUCUGAUCGUCCAGAGGAACCAGGAACACCCCGGCUCGCAUCUACAGAGGUGUUCAGCACAGAGCAGCACCUUUCGGACGAGGACUCACUAGACCUAGUGAUGGUGAAAGAGGAGGAGCUGGAUCAGACCAUGACCCUGGUAGGACCUGACCAGUUUGUCGUGGAUGAGUCUGAUGGGCAGCUGAUGACCUCUUUGGAUCCAGGCAGAGACACUGACCCUGAAGGCCACCCAGAUUUCUCCUUUCAUUCCACAGAAGAGUACUCCCAGAAUAUCUCAAUGGUCCCAUCUCAUAGUGGGCUGCCAUCUGUUCCUACUAUGACAGAUGAUGUAGGGCCAUCGCUUCACUCUAUAUGGAAACCACAUGCUAACAUGUUCAGUGCAGCAAAACACAUGAAAACACAUGUCAGGACAUUGGCUGAUGAGACUAGACAACAGAUGCCAGAGGGACAGAGCAGUAAAAGGCUGAACUCCAAUAAUGAAGGAAAUAGUUUAGCUCUACAGUCAAGGCAGCAUCAAUACAGGGCUUCAGAAGCAACAGUGAGAUUGAGUGAGUGCAUGACAGGGUCAAACAUGGCCACCACCUCCACCUUCUCUGGAUACAGCCUGAGUCACAGUAGUUUUAACAUGGUGAAGAGAAUGAGGACUCAGUGGAGAUCAGGUGGCACCACCGAGAGGCGUUUCAGCUGCACCUUCUGUGGUAAGAGCUUCCCACGUUUCUGGCAGCUCAAAGAACACCUCCGGAGUCACACCGGAGAGAAACCGUACACCUGCGAACAGUGUGGCAGGAGUUUUACCAAGCAGUGCAACUUGAUCAGACAUGCUGUGGUCCACAGUGGGGAGAAACCGUAUGAGUGCACACAGUGUGGGAAAUGCUUCACUCAGCGCUCCAAUAUGACGUCACAUCAGAGAACACACAUAGGAGAGAAUCCAGUGUCUCAAUAUGUGGCACCCGCAUACCCUGGGGAUCCACGCACAAGUUUAAUGUAUGGGCUGGACAAGAUGGCCAGCAGCAAUUUUCAGGCGCAGUUAUUAUCCAUUAUGGAGGUAUUAGCUAAAGCAGCUGUAGCAGAAAUAAACCAACGUGUAGAUGAUAGCUGUGCUGUUAUACGUUUGGAAAUGACCCAAAGCCAGCGAGAUAUUGAUGUACUGAAAAGGAAGUGUCAAAUGAUGGAGAGCGAGCUGAAGAAGACGCAUGGACGAGUCAGGAGAAAAGGUUUUUACCCCAUGGCAUCAGAGAGAUCUUCAUAUCCAGUCAAGAUUGUUUUGAACAAGCAGAGAAGUAGCUCACAGCGGAGAGACCGAGAGAGUGCUGUUGAAGUGGACUCUCAACCGCAGUCUACCGAUGUGGAGCAGGGAGUGAAGACUGAACUCAUACUGAUCAAAGAUGAGGAGACAGCAGAGGACGUGUGGAAGACUGCCCCUCAGGAAGAGCUCAGGAUCACUGGAGAGGAGUCUGGUUCCAAGCCUGGGAAACCACCAUCCUUUGACCAAUGGAACUGUGAUGAAGACUUCAUCACACAACCCAACAUAUCUCCCGAAAACUCAGUUGAACAUUACCCCAAUUCUGAUCGUCCAGAGGAACCAGGAACACCCCGGCUCGCAUCUACAGAGGUGUUCAGUACAGAGCAGCACCGGCCAGCCAAGAGCAAGGACUCACUAGAGCUAGUGAUGGUGAAGGAUGAGAAAGAGGAGGAGCUGGAUCAGACCACGGUCCCGGCAGGACCUGACCAAUUUGUAAUGGAUGACACUGAUGGGCAUCUAUGGACGUCAGUUGAUCCAGGCAGAGAUACUGACCCUGAUGGCCACCCAGAUUUCUCCUUUCAUUCCACGGAAGAGUACUCUCAGAAUAUCUCAAUUUUCCCGUCUCAUGAUAUCGGGCCAUCACUUCACUAUUCUAUUGUGAAACCACAUGCUAACAUGUUCAGUGCAGCAGCACACAUGAAAAGACAUGUCAGGACAUCGGCUGAUGAGACUAGACAACAGAUGCCAGAGGGACAGAGCAGUGAGAUGCUGAUCUCAAAUAAUGUAAGUAAUAGUUUAGCUCUACAGCCAAGGCAGCAUCAAUACAGGGCUUCAGAAGCAACAGUGAGAUUGAGUGAGUGCAUGACAGGGUCAAACAUGGCCACCACCUCCACCUUCUCUGGAUACAGCCUGAGUCACAGUAGUUUUAACAUGGUGAAGAGAAUGAGGACUCAGUGGAGUUCUGGCAGCACCACCGAGAGGCGAUUCAGCUGCACCUUCUGUGGGAAGCGCUUCCAACGUUUCUGGCAGCUCAAAGAACACCUCCGGAGUCACACCGGAGAGAAACCGUACACCUGUGAACAGUGUGGCAAGAGUUUCACCAAGCAGUGCAACCUGAUCAGACAUGCUCUGGUCCACAGUGGGGAGAAACCGUAUGAGUGCACACAGUGUGGGAAAUGCUUCACCCAGCGCUCCAAAAUGACGUCACAUCAGAGAACUCACAUAGGAGAGAGUCCAGUGUCUCAAUAUGUGGCACCCGCAUACCCUGGGGAUCCACGCAGAAGUUUAAUAUUUGGGCUGGACAAGAUGGCCAGCUGCAAUUUUCAGGCUCAGUUUGUAUCCAUUAUGGAGGUAUUGGCUAAAGCAGCUGUAACAGAAAUAAACAAACGCGUAGAUGAUAGCUGUGCUGUUAUACGUUUGGAAAUUACCCAAAGCCAGCGAGAUAUUGAUGUACUGAAAAGGAAGUGUCACAUGAUGGAGAGCGAGCUGAAGAAAACGCGCAGACGAAAGGGUUUUUACCCCAUGGCAUCGGAGAGAUCUCCAUAUCCAGUCAAGAUUGUUUCGAACAAGCAGAGGACUAGCUCACAGUGGAGAGACAGCGAGAUGUCUGUUGAAGGGGACUCUCAACCCCAGCCUACUGAUGUGGAGCAGAGAGUGGAGACUGAACCCAUACUGAUCAAAGAUGAGGAGACAGCAGAGGAUGUGUGGAAGACUGACCCUCAGGAAGAGCUCAGGAUCACUGGAGAGGAGUCUGGUUCCAAGCCUGGGAAACCACCAUCCUUUGAGCAACAGCUCUGUGAUGAGGACUUCAUCACGCAACCCAAUAUAUCUCCCAGAGACUCAGUGGAACAUCACCCCAGUUCUGAUCAUCCAGAGGAACCAGGAACACCCUGGCUAUCAUCUACAGAUGUGUUCAGCACAGAGCAGCACCGGCCAGACGAGGACUCACUAGACCUCGUGCUGGUGAAGGAUGAGAAAGAGGAGGAGUUAGAUCCGACCACGGCCCUGGCAGGACCUGACCAGUUUGUUAUGGAUGAGACUGAUGGGCAGCUGUGGACCUCUGUGAAUCCAGGCAGAGACACUGACCCUGAUGGCCACCCAGAUUUCUCCUUUCAUUCCACAGAAGAGUACUCUCAGAAUAUCUCAAUUUUCCCAUCUCAUAGUGGGCUGCCAUCUGUUCCUACCAUGACAGAUGAAGUGGGGCCAUCGCUUCACUCUUCUAUAUGGAAACCACAUGCUAACAUGUUCAGUGCAGCAGCACACAUGAAAAGACAUAUCAGGACAAUGGCUGAUGAAACUAGACAACAGAUGCCAGAGGCACAGAGCAGUGAGAUGCUGAACUCAAGUAAUGAAGGAAAUAGUUUAGCUCUACAGCCAAGACUGCAUCAAUACAGGGCUUCAGAAGCAACAGUGAGAUUGAGUGAGUGCAUGACAGGGUCAAACAUGGCCACCACCUCCACCUUCUCUGGAUACAGCCUGAGUCACAGUAGUUUUAACAUGGUGAAGAGAAUGAGGACUCAGUGGAGAUCAGGUGGCACCACUGAGAGGCGUUUCAGCUGCACCUUUUGUGGGAAGAGCUUCCAGCGUCUGUGCCAGCUCAAAGUACACCUCCGGAGUCACACCGGAGAGAAACCGUACACCUGUGAACAGUGUGGCAGGAGUUUUACCAAGCAGUGCAACCUAAUCAGACAUGCUCUGGUCCACACCGGGGAGAAACCGUAUGAGUGCACACAGUGUGGGAAAUGCUUCACCCAGCGCUCCAAAAUGAAGUCACAUCAAAGGACUCACAUAGGGGAGGGUCCAGUCUCUCAAUACGUGGUACCCGCAUUCCCUGGGGAUCCACACACAAGUUUAUUGUUGUCUCAGAACAGAUGGAAUAAAUAUUCUAACCAUUGUGAGAAAUUGAAAUUAACGGAUUGUUUAUUGCACAUUGGCUCGAGAUUUGUAGACUAUUUACUUAAUCACAGAGAAUACUGGCUGAACAAGAUGGCCAGCUGCAAUUUUCAGGCGCAGUUGGUCUCCUUAAUGGAGGUUUUAGCUAAAGCAGCUGUAGCAGAAAUAAACCAACGUGUAGAUGAUAGCUGUGCAGUUAUACGUUUGGAAAUGACCCAAAGCCAGCGAGAUAUUGAUUUACUGAAAAGGAAGUGUCAAGUGAUGGAGAGCGAGCUGAAGAAAACACAACGAGUCAGGAGAAAAGGUUUUUACCCCAUGGCAUCAGAGAGAUCUUCAUAUCCAGUCAAGAUUGUUUUGAACAGGCAGAGGAGUAGCUCACAGUGCAGAGAUGAAGAGCUGGCUGUUGAAGAAGACUCUCAACCCCUGCCUACUGAUGUGGAGCAGAGAGUGGAGACUGAACCCAUACUGAUCAAAGAUGAGGAGACAGCAGAGGAUGUGUGGAAGACUGACCCUCAGGAAGAGCUCAGGAUCACUGGAGAGGAGUCUGGUUCCAAGCCUGGGAAACCACCAUCCUUUGAGCAACGGCACUGUGAUGAGGACUUCAUCACACAACCCAAUAUAUCUCCCAGAGACUCCGUGGUACAUUACCCCAAUUCUGAUCGUCCAGAGGAACCAGGAACACCCCGGCUCGCAUCUACAGAGGUGUUCAGUACAGAGCAGCACCGGCCAGACGAGGAUGACGACUCAUUAGACCUAGUGAUGGUGAAGGAUGAGAAAGAGGAGGAGUUAGAUCAGACCACGGUCCUGACAGGAUCUGACCAGUUUGUUAUGGAUGAGUCUGAUGGGCAGCUGUGGACCUCUGUGGGUCCAGGCAGAGACACUGACCCUGAUGGCCACCCAGAUUUCUCCUUUCAUUCCACAGAAGAGUACUCUCAGAAUAUCUCAAUGGUCCCAUCUCAUAGUGGGCUGCCAUCUGUUCCUACUAUGAUAGAUGAAGUGGGGCCAUCGCUUCACUCUUCUAUAUGGAAACCACAUGCUAACAUGUUCAGUGCAGCAAAACACAUGACAAGACAUGUCAGGACAUUGGCUGAUGAGACUAGACAACAGAUGCCCGAGGGACAGAGCAGUGAGAUGCUGAACUCAAGUAAUGAAGGAAAUAGUUUAGCUCUACAGUCAAGGCAGCAUCAAUACAGGGCUUCAGAAGCAACAGUGAGAUUGAGUGAGUGCAUGACAGGGUCAAACAUGGCCACCACCUCCACCUUCUCUGGAUACAGCCUGAGUCACAGUAGUUUUAACAUGGUGAAGAGAAUGAGGACUCAUUGGAGAUCAGGCGGCACCACCGAGAGGCGUUUCAGCUGCACCUUCUGUGGUAAGAGCUUCCAGCGUUUCAGCGAGCUCAAAGUACACCUACGGAGUCACACCGGAGAGAAACCGUACACCUGUGAACAGUGUGGCAGGAGUUUUACCCAGCAGUGCAACCUGAUCAGACAUGCUCUGGUCCACACUGGGGAGAAGCCCUACAAGUGCACACAGUGUGGGAAAUGCUUCACCCAGCGCUCCAAAAUGACGUCACAUCAAAGAACUCACAUAGGGGAGAGUCCAGUGUCUCAAUACGGGGCACCCACAUACCCUGCGGAUCCACAAACAAGUUUAAUGUUGUCUCAGAACAGAUGGAACAAAUAGUUAAUAAUCAUAUCAUUUUUCUUUAACACUUUCUAUGUGAAAAUGUGGUACAGAAAGUAUGUUGAGACAUGUUGAUAAGCUUUUUCUUCCAAUUGAUUUGUGAAAGGAUUUUCAUGUUUGACUCUUGUCUGCUCCUCGUUUUCAUUUUAACAACUUAUUUACAACUGGUAACAAUGUGUAUUUCUACCACAAAAUCAUAAAACCAUAUUAUAUUCAAUCAAACUGAUUUAAUAAUCAAGUCAAUCUGCGCUUUUAGAUCAAUAAUACAGUGCCUUUGGAAAGUAUUCAGACCCCUUGACUUUUUCCACAUUUUGUUAGGUUACAGCCUUUUUCUAAAAUUGAUUAAAUGUUUAAAAAAUCUCAGCAAUCUACACAAAGUACCCCAUAAUGACAAAGUGAAAACAGAUUUUUAGAUUUUGCGAAGUAAAAUAAAAAAUAAAAACAGACCUUAUUUUAAUAAGGAUUCAGACCUUUUUCUAUGUUACUCGAAAUUGAGCUCAAGUACAUCCUGUUUCCAUUGACCAUCCUUGAGAUGUUUCUACCACUUCAUUGGAUUUCACCUGUGGUAAAUUCAAUUGAUUGGACAUGAUUUGGAAAGGCACACACCUGUCUAUAUGUCCACAGUGGACAGUGCAUGCCAGAGCUCCGAGACAGGAUUGUGUCGAGGCAUAGAUCUGGGGAAGGGUACCAAAAUAUUUCUAAAGCAUUGAAGGUCCCCAAGAACACACGGGCCUCCAUCAUUCUUAAAUGGAAGAAGUUUGGAACCACCAAGACUCUUCCUAGAGCUUGCAGCCCGGCAAAAGGGAGGUGACCAAGAACCCGAUAGUCACUCAGAGUUUUAGAGUUCCUCUGUGGAGAUGGGAGAACCUUCCAGAAGGACAACCAUCUCUGCAGCCCUCCACCAAUCAGGCCUUUAUGGUAGAGUGGCCAGACGGAAGCCACCCCUCAGUAAAAGGCACAUGACAGCCCGCUUGGAGUUUGGAGACUCUCAGACCAUGAGAAACAAGAUUCUCUCGUCUAAUGGAACCAAGAUUGAACUCUUUGGCCUGAAUGCCAAGCGUGACAUCUGGAGUAAACCUGGAACCAUCCCUAUGGUGAAGCAUGGUGGUGGUGGCAGCAUGCUGUUGGGAUGAUUUUCAGCGACAGGGACUGGGAGAUUAGUCAGGAUCGAGGCAAAGAUGAACGGAGCAAAGUACAGAGAGAUCCUUGAUGAAAACCCGCUCCAGAGCGCUCAGGACCUCAGACUGGGGUGAAGGGUCAACUUAUAUUAGGACAACGACCCUAAGCACACAGCCAAGACAACUAAGGAGAGGUUUUGGGACAAGUCUCUGAAUGUCCUUGAGUGGCCCAGCCAGAGCCCGGACUUGAACCCGAUCAAAAAUCUCUGGAGAGACCUGAAAAUAGCUGUGAUGCAACACUCCCCAUCCAACCUGACCGAGCUUGAAUGGAUCUGCAGAGAAGAAUGGGAGAAACCCCCCAAAUACAGUUGUGCCAAGCUUGUAGCGGCAUACCCAAGACGACUCGAGGCUGUAAUCACUGCCAAAGGUGCUUCAACAAAGUACUGAGUAAAGGAUCUGAGACCUUAUGUAAAUGUCAUAUUUCAGUUUUUUAUAUUUUAUAAAUUAGCUACAAUUUCUAAAAACUGUUUUUGCUUUGUCAUUUUGGGGUAUUGUGUGUAGAUUGAUGAGGGGAAAAAACGAUUUAAUACAUUUUAGAACAAGGCUGUAAGGUAACAAAAUGUGGAAAAAGUCAAGUGGUCUGAAUACUUUCCAAAGGCACUCUAUAUACAGUGCCUUGCGAACGUAUUCGGCCCCCUUGAACUUUGCGACCUUUUGCCACAUUUCAGGCUUCAAAAAUAAAGAUAUAAAACUGUAUUUUUUUGUGAAGAAUCAACAACAAGUGGGACACAAUCAUGAAGUGGAACGACAUUUAUUGGAUAUUUCAAACUUUUUUAACAAAUCAAAAACUGAAAAAUUGGGCGUGCAAAAUUAUUCAGCCCCUUUACUUUCAGUGCGGCAAACUCUCUCCAGAAGUUCAGUGAGGAUCUCUUAAUGAUCCAAUGUUGACCUAAAUGACUAAUGAUGAUAAAUACAAUCCACCUGUGUGUAAUCAAGUCUCCGUAUAAAUGCACCUGCACUGUGAUAGUCUCAGAGGUCCGUUAAAAGCGCAGAGAGCAUCAUGAAGAACAAGGAACACACCAGGCAGGUCCGAGAUACUGUUGUGAAGAAGUUUAAAGCCGGAUUUGGAUACAAAAAGAUUUCCCAAGCUUUAAACAUCCCAAGGAGCACUGUGCAAGCGAUAAUAUUGAAAUGGAAGGAGUAUCAGACCACUGCAAAUCUACCAAGACCUGGCCGUCCCUCUAAUCUUUCAGCUCAUACAAGGAGAAGACUGAUCAGAGAUGCAGCCAAGAGGCCCAUGAUCACUCUGGAUGAACUGCAGAGAUCUACAGCUGAGGUGGGAGACUCUGUCCAUAGGACAACAAUCAGUCGUAUAUUGCACAAAUCUGGCCUUUAUGGAAGAGUGGCAAGAAGAAAGCCAUUUCUUAAAGAUAUCCAUAAAAAGUGUUGUUUGCCACAAGCCACCUGGGAGACACACCAAACAUGUGGAAGAAGGUGCUCUGGUCAGAUGAAACCAAAAUUGAACUUUUUGGCAACAAUGCAAAAUGUUAUGUUUGGCGUAAAAGCAACACAGCGCAUCACCCUGAACACACCAUCCCCACUGUCAAACAUGGUGGCAGCAUCAUGGUUUGGGCCUGCUUUUCUUCAGCAGGGACAGGGAAGAUGGUUAAAAUUGAUGGGAAGAUGGAUGGAGCCAAAUACAGGACCAUUCUGGAAUAUAACCUGAUGGAUUCUGCAAAAGACCUGAGACUGGGACGGAGAUUUGUCUUCCAACAAGACAAUGAUCCAAAACAUAAAGUAAAAUCUACAAUGGAAUGGUUCAAAAAUAAACAUAUCCAGGUGUUAGGAUGGCCAAGUCAAAGUCCAGACCUGAAUCCAAUUGAGAAUCUGUGGAAAGAACUGAAAACUGCUGUUCACAAAUGCUCUCCAUCCAACCUCACUGAGCUCGAGCUGUUUUGCAAGGAGGAAUGGGAAAAAAUUUCAGUCUCUCGAUGUGCAAAACCGAUAGAGACAUACCCCAAGCGACUUACAGCUGUAAUCGCAGCAAAAGGUGGCGCUACAAAGUAUUAACUUAAGGGGGCUGAAUAGUUUUGCACGCCCAAUUUUUCAGUUUUUGAUUUGUUAAAAAAGUUUGAAAUAUCCAAUAAAUGUCGUUCCACUUCAUGAUUGUGUCCCACUUGUUGAUUCUUCACAAAGAAAUACAGUUUUAUAUCUUUAUGUUUGAAGCCUGAAAUGUGGCAAAAGGUCGCAAAGUUCAAGGGGGCCGAAUACUUUCGCAAGGCACUGUAGGAGCCAUUUAGUAUGUGUUGUCUAGUAUUUGACUAUCUGGGAUGUCACUUCUUGCCACAAGGGACAGUCAUAUCAGGUCAAGUUAAUAACUAAAUUCAUUUGGAUUUUCUGAGUUAUAUUUUGAAGUUACUAUGCUGCCUUAAAAUGGCUUUUGUAGUCUCAAAACUAGGCAAUAAAAUAUUUAUUUCAGUCAAAUAGGCUAUACAUGUUCAUACAACUUUACAUUUUACAUCUGGAAACUACACUUUUACUGUGAACAUUGUCUAAACUGACACCACUGAUACUUUAUAAAACUGAUCAUCUUAAUCGAGACUCAUUACAUAUUGUAAAUGGCUAAAUAGAUAAGAGAAAUAGAUUGAUAUGAUUGGUAGUUUGUAUGAUUUACUGGUUCAUUGAUUUGUCAAUCAGCAGAGGUGGAGAUAAUUAGGGAGAUAUAUAGAAAGAGAACGCAAGAGAGAAAGAGAGAGUAGGAAGUCAACAGGGGAAGUUUAGGUGUUUCUUGCAUUAUCGCUUGCUGCUGCUUGGUUGUGCUGGUGCAGAGUGAAGGUAGGAACAGUCUUAACUCUCUUUCUUAUUCUUUGUUUUUACCUCAGUCACCCCGGAACUCGUGAGGAGUAACAAUGACAGUGUGUUAGUAGUGGGAUGGUCGGGGUCAGGUGUAUAAACCGGUGGGGUCAGGCUUCGAGGCUUCAUGUUCUACAACAGGCCUGUAGUCAAAAUAACAUAAAAUUCAAUUGACUUCCACUGUAGUGAGAGGGCCAAAAUGUCAACAGGAGGAGAGGGCCUCUAUCAGUCACAGAGAACAACCAGAGCCGUGGUUAGGGGUGUCGGGGUGUCCAUCAGCAUACUCAUACACAUUUUGAGAAUGGAGUUUUAUAGUUACGAGGUGACAUCUCGCUCCUUGCAUACCUUCAAAAAUGAUUUGGCAAUACCAUAAUCUUAAACAAUAAAUGACAUUUGACUAAAUAAAAAUCCACCGCUGUCGAACCGUUUAAAAUGUCUUUAGAAAUGUCUCCUAUGUUUCCAUUACACGUCACAAUGUUGCGACAUUGCUUUUGUCGAAUAAAGCUGGGUCAAUGGAAUCCUGCCUAUUGUAUACACACACAGACACACAUGCAAUCAUGAUUCACUUAUUCUCACAAAGAUACAGGCAACAGCCAAAGUAAUGGAAACACUUGAGUAAAUGAGGGAUACAAAGGUAUAUUGAAAACAGGUGCUUCCACACAGGUGUGGUUCCUGUGUUAAUUAAGCAAUAAACAGCCCAUCAUGCUUAGGGUUAUGUAUAAAAAUGUUGAACAGGACAUUGUUUUGGCUACCAUGGCUAUGCCCCAUAGGAUGACAAUGACCCCAUCCAUAGGGCACAAAUGGUCACAGAAUGUUUGAUGAGUAUGAAAACGAUGUAAACCAUAUGACAUGGCCGUCUCAGUCACCAGAUCUCAACCCAAUUAUGGGAGAUUCUGGAGCGGGGCCUGAGGCAGCCUUUUCCACCACCAUCAAUAAAAACAACAAAUGAUGGAAUUUCUCAUGGAGGAAUAGUGUUACAUCCCUCCAAUAGAGUUCAGAAUCUAUGCCAAAGUGCAUUGAAGCUGUUCUAGCUCGUAGUGGCUCAACGCCCUAUUACAACACUUUAUGUUGGUUCUUCCUUUAUUUUGGCAGUUACCUGUAUAUCAGUACUACUGUUAUGCAUAUUCACUCGUGCAGCUCAAUCAACACUACUUGCUCUCUUCUUCUACACACUAAUAUGCAAUACUCUUUAUAUCUAAUACCUUCACUUAUAUAUGUACAUGCCUUUAAAAACCAAAGAGAAGGACCUCAAUGUAAAUCAGCAAUAAUUCAUGUAUUAUGCAAUAGUUACUUGAAAUAUAUAAUGAAAUUCAGUUUAUUUGAAGGUUCUAUGAAACUAGUUUUGUUUCCCAACUGUGUGUCAAAUAAGUUAUAUCCCCUUUCAAUCCUUUAAUAAAUACCAUAUCACAGUU